GUUUGUGGAUUUGCUUCCUGUUGAGUGCUUUUAUUUUGGUUAGUUUCCUGUCCUGUGUCACCUCACCUGCCCCAGCUUUACUCCAGUCUGCAAUUAACACUCAUUGCAUUCACCUGUCCCUCAUUAUCCUCUGCCCUCUUAUGUAUAUAUCCUCCUCCCUUUCUACAAUCUGGUUGCUGGCUCAUCUGUUCUCCAUGCCUCCCUCGUUCCCGUCUCCUAUGCUCCCGCUGUGAUCUCAACACCAUCUGCGUGGCGUGGCUGUGUGUAUGUGAGAUUAGCAAGCAAAGAAGCAAACGCACACUCAAACACACAGUGAAAGUCGACUGUUUACACUCGGUGUCCGGUUGGUUGACAGCGGAUUCACAUCAUAACGACACAGCGCCAGCAUGAUGUUGCGAUACGCUGUGGUCCGGGGCGGCCUCGGACUGUUGAAUGUGAGGAGGGCGUGCCUUUUCUCCCGCUCUGCCCACUCGGCGCCGCAGAACGAGUAUCGACCAAUCAAAAAAGUCAUGGUGGCUAAUAGAGGUGAGAUAGCUAUCCGUGUCUUCAGAGCCUGCACUGAACUGGGGAUUCGAACCGUGGCUGUCUACUCUGAGCAAGACACUGGACAGAUGCACAGGCAGAAGGCAGAUGAGGCUUACCUGAUAGGGAAAGGCCUGCCACCUGUUGCUGCAUACCUGCACAUUCCUGACAUCAUCAGAGUAGCCAAGGACAACAACGUGGAUGCUAUCCACCCAGGCUACGGUUUCCUUUCUGAGCGUGCAGACUUCGCCCAGGCCUGCGCAGAUGCAGGGGUGAUGUUUGUCGGGCCAACCCCAGAAACUGUCCGCAGAAUGGGAGACAAGGUGGAGGCUCGCUCCCUGGCCACCAGUGCAGGUGUACCUGUGGUCCCAGGAACAGAUUCCCCCAUCUCCUCCCUGCAGGAUGCACAAGUGUUUGCCCAAACAUAUGGCUUCCCCAUCAUCUUCAAAGCAGCCUAUGGAGGAGGAGGUCGAGGCAUGAGGGUGGUCAGAGAGUACGAGGAACUCGAGGAGAAUUACCAGCGGGCCUACUCUGAAGCGCUGGCGGCUUUUGGAAACGGAGCCCUGUUUGUUGAGAAGUUCAUUGAAAAGCCAAGGCAUAUUGAAGUGCAGAUCCUUGGCGAUAAAUAUGGUAAUGUCAUCCACCUCUAUGAGAGAGACUGCUCCAUUCAGCGGAGACACCAAAAGGUUGUGGAGAUUGCACCGGCUUCCCAGCUGGACCCUCACCUGAGAGACCGCCUUCACACCGAUGCCGUCAACCUCGCCCGGCAGGUGGGAUACGAGAACGCAGGGACCGUGGAGUUCCUGGUAGACAAACAUGGCAAACACUACUUCAUCGAGGUCAACUCCCGACUCCAGGUUGAACACACGGUCACUGAAGAAAUCACUGAUGUGGACCUGGUGCAUGCCCAGCUGCAUGUGUGUGAGGGCCACAGCCUGCCAGAACUGGGCCUCAGACAAGACAAGAUCAGGGUGAAUGGCUGCGCGAUCCAGUGCAGAGUGACGACUGAAGACCCAGCCAGAGGCUUCCAGCCAGACACUGGCAGGAUUGAGGUCUUCCGAAGCGGUGAAGGCAUGGGCAUCCGUCUGGACAGUGCCUCAGCCUUCCAGGGUGCUAUCAUCUCACCUCACUAUGACUCCUUGCUGGUAAAAGUCAUCGCCAGUGGGAAAGACAUGUAUAAAGCAGCUUCCAAGAUGAGCCGAGCUUUGGCCGAGUUCAGAAUACGAGGGGUCAAGACCAACAUCCCGUUCCUCCAGAAUGUCCUGUCCAAUCACCAGUUCCUCCACUCCACUGUGGACACACAGUUCAUUGAUGAGAACCAGGAACUCUUCAUCCUCAAGCCCACUCAGAACCGAGCCCAGAAACUGCUGCAUUACUUGGGUCAUGUGAUGGUGAAUGGACCAACCACACCCAUCCCAGUCAAGGCUAAGCCCUCCUCCACAGAUCCUGUUGUUCCUCCUGUCACCAUGGGGGACCCUCCGGUAGGUUUCCGGGAUGUGUUGCUACGUGACGGUCCUGAGGGCUUCGCCAAGGCCAUCCGUGCCCACCAGGGUCUGUUGCUAAUGGAUACUACCUUCAGGGAUGCUCACCAGUCGCUCCUGGCAACCAGGGUUCGAACCCACGACCUGAAGACGAUCUCACCAUUCGUCAGCCACAACUUCAGCAACCUUUUCAGCAUGGAGAACUGGGGAGGUGCUACUUUUGACGUGGCCAUGCGCUUCCUGUCGGAGUGCCCAUGGAAGAGACUUCAGGAGCUGAGAGCUUUGAUCCCAAACAUCCCUUUCCAGAUGCUGCUGAGAGGGGCCAACGCUGUGGGAUACACCAACUACCCUGACAAUGCUGUUUUUAAGUUCUGCGAGGUGGCCAAGGAAAACGGCAUGGACAUCUUCCGUGUGUUCGAUUCCCUGAACUAUGUGCCCAACAUGCUGCUGGGCAUGGAGGCUGCUGGGGCUGCAGGUGGCGUAGUGGAGGCCGCCAUCUCAUAUACGGGUGAUGUGUCUGACCCAAUGAGGCAGAAGUACUCCCUGGACUACUAUGUGAAACUGGCAGAUGAGCUUGUCAAAGCCGGAACCCACAUCUUAUGUAUCAAGGAUAUGGCAGGUCUGCUGAAGCCAGAGGCCAGCAAGCUUCUGGUCAGUGCUCUGAGAGACCGUUUCCCAGAUGUACCCAUCCAUGUGCACACACACGACACAGCUGGAGCCGGAGUGGCCGCCAUGCUGGCCUCUGCAGCAGCUGGAGCUGACGUCGUCGACGUGGCUGUUGACUCGAUGGCCGGGAUGACUUCACAGCCCAGCAUGGGAGCCAUCGUGGCCUGCGCCAAGCGAACCAAGCUGGACACCGGCAUUGCUCUGGAGAAGGUGUUUGACUACAGUGAAUACUGGGAAGUAGCCAGAGGCCUGUAUGCUCCCUUCGACUGCACUGCCACCAUGAAAUCUGGCAACGCCGAUGUGUACGAGAACGAGAUACCUGGAGGGCAAUACACCAACCUUCACUUCCAGGCUCACAGUAUGGGACUGGGAAAUAAGUUCAAGGAGGUGAAGAAAGCCUAUGCUGAAGCCAACAAACUACUGGGAGACCUCAUUAAGGUGACUCCAUCCUCAAAGAUCGUCGGUGACUUGGCCCAGUUCAUGGUUCAGAACAACCUGACGCGGGCGGAGGUGGAGGAGAGGGCUGACGAGUUGUCCUUCCCCCUGUCUGUGGUUGAGUUCUUACAGGGAUACAUUGGGAUUCCACAUGGAGGUUUCCCGGAGCCAUUCAGAUCUAAGGUGCUGAAGUCCCUCCCCCGUAUUGAGGGUCGCCCUGGUGCCUCUCUGCCACCUUUGGACUUCAAGGCCCUGGAGGAGGGCCUCCGUGCUGCGCACGGUGACGAUAUCACCCCUGAGGAUGUGAUGUCAGCAGCCAUGUACCCCAAGGUGUUCCAGGAAUUCAAAGAAUUCACUUCUAACUUUGGCCCAGUGGACUGUCUCAGCACCAGGCUGUUUCUGGAUGGCCCCAAGAUCGCCGAGGAGUUUGAGGUGGAGCUGGAGAGAGGGAAGACCCUCCACAUCAAGGCGCUGGCGCUGGGUGACCUGAACAAGGCCGGCCAGAGAGAAGUCUUCUUUGAGCUGAAUGGACAGCUGAGAUCUGUGCUGGUUAAAGACACUGUUGCCAUGAAGGAAAUGAAGUUCCAUCCCAAGGCUCAGAAGUCUAUCAAGGGCCAGGUGGGGGCUCCCAUGCCUGGAAAAGUCCUGGAGGUCAAAGUGAAAGUCGGCUCCAAGGUGGAGAAGAAUCAGCCGCUGUGUGUCCUCUCAGCCAUGAAGAUGGAGACUGUGGUCAACUGUCCAGUGUCCGGGACUGUUAAAGCGGUCCAUGUCACGGCCGACUCCUCCCUGGAGGGAGAUGACCUGAUACUGGAAAUCGAGGAGUAGAGUAAGAGGGCGGAAGGAAGGGGGAGCUAGACAAUCUGAUUCCAGACGGUGGUGAGAGGUGGAGGAAUGGGUGGGGUGAGGGGUUUCAAACAGGAGGACGCAGAAAAACAGGAAUCCUAAAAAAAACCAACUCUAUUCUGAAGCUGAACUGCCGGACACUUUGGCCCCUAAUUUACACAUAUUCAGUUUGGUUACACAUCCAGACACCUGAUGAUGCAACAACCCUAAAUAAUGUAUUAAAUUGAUGGGAAUUCCUUAUUGAAUUGUCCCUCUUAUCAAAGUCUGUUCUUCCCCAAGUGUUAUUUUGAGGACAAAAACCAUCUGAGAUUUGCUAAUGUCCUGCCAACUUCUGGAAAAUAGAAUAUUAUAUUUGUAUUGUGAUACAUUCCGUUAGGCUAACACUAGUCUUAAAUGUGAUGAUUUCUAUGCUGUGAAUGUUGCCUGAUGUAUUAAACCUGAGUAGGUGACUAAAUGUUUUUCAUCAGCAGGGCUCAGACAAAGGAGGGUCAACUUUAGGAUACAUCAACAAAUCCUUUGUUCAUUUUUUAGCGUGCUCGCCUUUACAAGACAUUAUCAAUCUCUGACACUAGUCACAGUGCAUUCUGGGAAUGUGCAAUCACUGCUGGCAUUUAGAUUUGUCUUCAAAUGUGAAAUAAAUAAAAGUGGUUCUUGGAGAAAGAGCACAAAGCACACAGGGACCGAAGGAAAGAAAUCACAGGAUUUUCUACAUUGUUUUAGAUAAUCAGAUAUUUUCACAAUAAGAGAAGCACAAAAAGCACGUGGCACAAUUUGAGGCCUACAGGGACACAGAUUUACAGACAUGUCAGGUGUUGCACCAAAGUGAAAAAUGUAUUCUGUUGCUGUAUCAGUUGUGUGGCUUAUUUUUUUAAAGAUCUACACUGGUACUGCGAAUGUUCCCCACUCACACCUGUCUUUAAAAUCCCAGCACAGGAGUAAGUCACAGUGACAUUAUUGAAAUGAAGCUGCAGGGCACACUGAAAACUCCCAAACAGGAUUAGAGAUGUGAUUUGUACAAAGUGCCUUGGUUUAGAUGUGACUGUCUUAAUCCAAAGCCAGCUGUAGGGGGGCCCAGCUACACCAGUUCAGUCUUAAGGUGGCUUCCAGGUUUUAAGUUUGAUGCAGGAAGUUUUCAGUAGUGGCUUCACACUGUCUCUUCUGAACCAGGCAGAGAUUAUGGCUAAUGGCGUUCUGUCUGUAAUGGGGAUUUUAAUGCUAGGUCUAAAUGGGAUUACAUGUUGGUAUAACGGAGGCUUGUGAUGUUAUUUUCUGAGGCUCUGCUGAUUAAUUUAUGAAUUAAUUCUCUGUUAAAUGAUGUGAAAUUACCCAGACUAAUAAGAGACUCUGGAGACUCAAAGUAGCAGCAGUCAGCUUCCUGUUUGUAAUGCAUGUGUGUUUGCAUAAAUGAGUCCAUGUGUGUGUUCAAACUAGUUUUAAGACUAAGUCAACCAACCAGUCCCCAUAAUGUUGCACCUCCAUAGCUAAAAACACAAAGAAAUGAAAUAUUCAUACACACGCACUUAUGCAAACUAUUCACGCCAACACUCCUAGCCCUCAAGCGCUGCCUGGAUCAAAAGAAAAGGAAAUCACAAAUGCUGAACGGCGGUGUGGCUACGUCUCCAUGGUAACGCCAUGUCCAAAACAUUUAACAGCCAGUGACCCUUCUCAGUUGUCAGAUGAUAUUAAAACACUGAAAUUAAACCCUUACAAGAUUAGUGUUUGUUUUAACUUCACCAGUGUCGGCUUACAAGCCGUUUAACAAUUUGAGGGUCGUGGACCUUAAAGUGAUCUACGCUGAACUCGGCGUGUAGCUACAAUGUCCUUGUGAUACAGUGAAGCAGAGAGUGAUCGGGACAGUGAGCCAGAAAAGAAACCACAGCAUCUUACUUUCCAACACAUCAGCACACCAGAGGACAUCGAUCAAAACAUAAAACUGGAGCGUCCCUUUUGUAUUUCACUGGAUUCUUUCCAGCGAUUUUGCUCCAUUACUUCUGAGAACGAGUCACCUUGUGAACUAUGCAUCAAUACUGAGCAGUGAUGCCGUGUUUGAUUAGAAGGCUGAUAUGUCUCCUCGCUCUCCCAGCCUACUGCCAUGCCUCACUGUACCUCCUGGCUGUAUUUCAGUCUUUUGAAAGACACAGAGAUGAAGUGGUGGGAAUGUAGGAAUGAGAGUUUUUGAUGAGCUGCUGCACAAUAAAGCAACAUUCCCUCCUCUUCUCCUUGUUAACUCUCCCCACUCAUCUGCUCUUCCUGUCUCAUCUGUCUGCACAAACACCUGUUCAUCAUGUUUUCCUCUCUCCUUCCUUCCACAGUGUGAAUUUGCACAUGUAAGAUGAUGGAAUCCAACUCAUGCAGUAACCGUGUUUCUCUAUGUCUUAGCCAGCAGCUAUUCUAACAAACUAUGCUUAUGACAAUAUACCACUGUUCAGUGUCUGGGGGGGGAAAUGAAGAAUAAAUCUUAUAAAAUAAAAUAAAAAAGGUACACACAAGCAGGGAAAUGUUAUUUGUUUAAGAAAGGGGGGAUAUAGUGUUCUU